AUUUUUAGGGCUAUUAUCAGAAAUAUCCGUAACACUGGGGGUGUAACAGAAUCAUUUGAAAUUUAUAACUCCCCACAGAGCAAAGAAGAAGAAACCUCUCUCACACUAUCAGAAUCUGAUCCCACCUUUCUCUGAUUCUCAGUCCAAAAGUUAAGUCAAAGAGUUGAAAAUGGAAGGGACUGUGUUCACCCCGUGUUUGGAAGGAAUGAAGAAUGUCAAGUCUGAACAAGGGGAGAUGCUUACUAAGCCUUUUCUAGACCUCUGCAAGACCAUCUUGCCUGUUAUAGAUAAGUUUGGAGCCGCUAUGACUCUCGUGAAAGCUGACAUUGGUGGCAACAUAUCGAGGUUGGAGAAGAACUACUUGUCUGAUCCGGACAAGUACAAGUACUUGUACACAUUUGUUCAAGGUGAAAUUGAGUCUAAGACAGCAAAAGGAUCGUCUAGUUGUACCAACGGUCUUCUCUGGUUAACCAGAGCAAUGGAUUUCUUAGUGGAGCUGUUCCGCAACUUGGUAGCACAUCAAGACUGGCCAAUGUCACAGGCUUGUGGUGAAUCUUACCAAAAAACACUCAAGAAAUGGCACGGAUGGCUCGCCAGCUCUACCUUCUCUAUGGCCUUAAAGCUUGCUCCAGACAGGAAGAAGUUCAUGGAUGUCAUAUCUGGUUCUGGUGACAUAUACGCUGACAUGGAAAGGUUUUGCACUGAGUUUGGUCCAUUCCUUCAAGAAAAUCAUAAGUUUCUGGCUAGCGUUGGUUUGGAUGACCUGAAAGCUUCUUGAGCCAUCAUAUGAUUAUCACCUGUAUCCAAUCUGCUUUUUUUCAGAAAAAAAAAUUGUCUGUUUUAAAGUUUCUCCUUUGGAUUCUAAAACUUUUUAGACUAUCCAAAGAAACAGAAUAAUGUUCUCGCUUUAUAUUAUGGCCCUGUUCGUUUUGUGAA